CUUCCUAAAAGUAAUGCAGGUGCCAGUGAAUGCCUUGGGCCCUAGCCAACCAGAAUAUCCACUUUUGUUCACAUGGGUAGGGGACACUUAGAAAAGGAUGAGCAGAGGGCAGAAAGUAUAGGAAAAUAAAUGCACACAAACACACACCUGCCACACACAGACAUAUACACACCAGAUAUCUACCUAUGCUUGUGUACAGGACAAAGUUGAAUUUCUAGAGGAGCAUUAGGACACCAUCACAAAUAGAGAGAUAACUUCAUAAGAGUAUGAGCCAAGUCACAAAAUCAGCUCCAUUUUGACUGGAUCAGGGACAGGACUAGGGUGAGCUAAAUGAGACACCGAGGGCCUCCUUAUAUUUUGUGCCCUAAGCUUCUCUCUUGCCUCACCCUAGUUCUGGCCUGAGACCGAAUUAACAUAUAUGGGGUAAGAAGCAAUAUAACUGAGAAGACAGAAAAGCACUUUUCUGUGCAAAGGAAGCACAGAAAUCCAGGUCUGACUAACAAAGGAGACUCACGAGGAAGAUGCAACUCAAGAGUCAUCACUGGAUAAAAAGAACUCAGGUCUAAGAGGGAUGAAGACACUGUUUGAAGAGAUCAAAGCAUCAAUUAAAAAUAACUAUAACCAAGAUCGAUCAUUUUGGAGGCCUGUUCUUCCUUGGGGGGGUGUUUUUACUAUCAAAGCUGGCCGCAAAGCAGUAUCCUGUACCCCACUCUAUGUUGAAAUAAGACUGAAAAAUACCUGCACCAUAGAUGGAUUCUUGAUGUUAUUAUAUGUCAUUCUUAAUGAAAAUGAAAAUUUCCCUAGGGAACUCUCUCUUCAUUUUGGUAGAGAGUUUGUAGACUGUUUUCUUUAUUUAAUGGACACCUACAGUUUUACAACUGUGAAGCUACUUUGGAUUUGGGACAAGAUGGAAAAACAGCAAUACAAAUCUGAAGUCCAUAAAGCUUCAUUAAUAAUUGAUUUGUUUGGGAAUGAGCAUGAUAAUUUUACAAAAAAUCUUGAAAAUCUCAUGUCUACCAUUCAAGAGAGUUACUGUUCCAAUUGGCGAUGCCCAACUCGAGUGCAGGAGGAUCAGCAGCGCACAAUUAAUAUAAAUCCUCCCCAAGAAAUUCCACAUGGAAACUUGAUAAGACUGGCUGUGAAUGAGUUAUUCUGUUCCAAGAUUGAACUGUGUGAAGAGCAUGGGUGUGGUGGCUUAAGAGAAUUUUCCCAACGAGUUUUCUGCCAUGGGGCACCCCCUUUUGUUGUCUUAAAUAUGCAACAUUGGAAAUCUGAAGAUCUGGCAUAUGUACCCUAUUACUUGGAUUUGUCUGACCACAAGUAUUUGUUGGAAGGUGCCACAUUAUUUAACAAAGAGGAACAUCAUUAUUCUGCAGCUUUCCAGAUUGGUGGACAUUGGAUGCACUAUGAUGGGCUCAGAAAUGUGAAUUUAAUUUUGUUAAAUAAACCCCCAGAGUUUCUCCUCUUGUCAUCAUUGGUUUAUAUUCGAGCAACAGAGAAAUAAAUAUAAACUGAUGCUAAAAGUUGUUUUCCCUCCUGCCCAUGCUCCCCCAGAUGAAGGGCUUUUAUUUUGUGUAUACUUGGUAUCCAAGAAAAUAGUUCAACUAUACUAGUUUCAGAAGUGUAUUUUCAGUGUUUAACCCCAGGUAAAUGUUUUAUAUAGAGGAUCUAUGCAAAAAUGUUUGUAAUUUUUUUUAUAUUUCCUGAGUUAUUUUUAUAUGAGCAUAUUUUAUGUUGGAAUAAAACAUAUCUUGUGGCCUUUGUAUUUUUUAUUUAUAUGUACCUCAAAGAUUUUUACAAUUCUGUAUUUGAAUUCAAGAAAUACUUUGUCAUCUGAAUUCUAAAUUUUUCUUUUUGGAUAUUUGAGUAAAACCUAGGUAAAAGUAUUUUAGUUUGUAUAAUUUUAACAAUUCAAAAUAUAUCUGACUGUAUUUCUUUGCCCUACCUCACUAUAAUCCGAAGUGCACUAUUUGAUCUAGUAUGGAUUUGAAUGUACAAUUUAUUGAUGGCUUAGUUUAUUAGUUCGAUUUGCCCAGUAUCCCUGUAGCAAUUUUUAAAAAUGUCUGAGAAAUUUUUCAGAGCUUAAACUAUUUCUUUAUAAUGGCAAAUUACUUUUAACUACUUCCUAAAGUAUUAUAAACCUGCCAGUGGAUUUUAAGUGAUAGCUAAGCUUCCAAGCUUAAUUCAGGUUAUUACAAAUAAAUUAUAUAACUAUCUUAAAUGUUUAUCUUAUAAUUAAAUGUAAUUUGAAAUGCUCUAAUGUAUUUUGCAGAUAAAACAACUAUAAACAAUAUUAGGCAACUGGAUGUUUACUAGUGUCGGACUAGCUAUAGAAAUGCACUUUAAAUAUAUAUUUAAGGGGAAAUGCGUGCCUGGAAAUACUUCUUUUCCUAGUGAAGUUUUAUAUUGACACGGAGAAAAGAAUACUUAAAUUUUUGAGUGAUGUCUACUGGCUUCCUUAUAAGUAGUGAUUGAUAGCAUGCGGCUUUGACUUGCAAUACAAAUCAUUAGGAUUUUAUAGUUAUCAGAACAUUAUGUUUCUUUAUAAAGACCCUAAGGUCACUCUUCUUUUUGCAAAUUAAGGGAAAAAAUAUUCUCAAGGGAAAAUACUUUUUGAAAUUUAUCACCAUUUUAGUGUUUACAUUUCAAUAAAUAGUUCACUUCAGGUUUCGGAUUGAGAUUAGUUGCAAUAUAUUUAGAAACUUCUACAUGACAGCACAGAUCACUGCCAUCUGCUGAACUGAUAAAGUGGUUGGUGCCAUGUUGAGAAAACUUACCCAAGAAUGGAUAAAUAUGGGUGAAACAUUACUGAGAAUGCCUCACAUUAGCAAAUACUAUGAAAAGUCUUGUUUAUAUAUCAAACUGAUUUAUUUUACAAAAAAAAAAUUCACCCCAAGAUUUAUUUAAAUAGUUUCCCAAGUGUAUCUGAAUAGGAUUUAAUUUAGAGUAAACUUUUCUGGGGACACCUGAUGGCAUGAAUUGAAAUAUACAAUAACACAAAUAUUACAGUAAACAUAAAUGGUGUCAUUAACAAAAUUAUUCCUAAUGCAGAUUUAUUCUUUCAGGAAAUGCACUUUAUUUGGAAUACUAGUUUAUCAUGAAACAAUGACUUACCUACCUCACAGGGUUGUUGUGAGGAUUAAGAUGUUUGUUAAAAUCUUGACUACCUUGAACAUGCUAAUAAAAAAAAAAUUUUUCUACCUCUUUUAUUCGCA